AGUAAAUGAGAUAAAUGGGAAAGUGAGGUGAUGGAAACUUAAAAAGUAUGGUUGAAAUAAACUUGGACAAUAUUAUUGAAACAAAAUAAAAGGUUUGGUGGCACCUGGGGUGUGUCAUAAAAGGAGAAAUUUUUGGGAGAUGCAUGAGGUGGAGGUGGUGGAGCUUUGAAGGUUUGCAUGUGUGAGGAGUAGCCACACAUGUUAAACAAAAAAUGAAAAUAGAAGCCACAUUAAAAGGAGAGAAAAAAGGAUUGUGUUUUGGUCAUAAAAGGAAGAGUAUAAAAGGAUUAUGUCUCUAAUUAUGGAAAUGGUGAUUGUGGAUGAUGUUGCUCAAUUUCUCCUUCUCCAUUACCUUAAACACCAAUGCUAUCUAUUAAUGAAAAAAAGACUCAUUUAUAACAACAACAACGAGCAUGAGGAAACCAACAUGAGUUUCUUUAUUAACUCUCAUUCUUCUUCUUCUUCUUCUUCUUCUUCUUCUUCUUCUUGUUCUUCUUGUUCUUCUUCUUGUUCUUCCGUCCCCCUCCAUGUGUUUUUCCGGCCGAUGUCCACUGAUUUCUCUCGACCCCCUUUUGCGACUCACGACCAUUCUACUCCUCCUCUCACCAUUAUCCUCACUCUCAUCCUCCUCGCCUUUCUCCUCAUCGGCUUCUUUUCCAUCUACUUUUGUCGUUGCAUUAUGGACUCUCUCCUUCACUCUCGCAAUCUUCGCCGCUCCCCUUCUGGUAAUCUCCUCCACCCUUCCUCUGAUGCCCCUGCUCCUCCUCCUGGUCUUGACCCUCUUCUCAUCAACUCCUUCCCUACGUUCCCUUACUCCGGUAUCAAGGAGUUUCGUAGUGAUAAAUUCGGAUUAGAAUGUGCUAUUUGUUUGCUUGAAUUCGACGACGAUAGCUUCCUUCGUCUCCUCACUAAUUGUUGCCAUGUCUUCCAUCAAGAAUGCAUUGAUCUCUGGCUUGAUUCUCACAAAACCUGCCCUGUUUGUCGUCGGGACCUCGACUCUGAAUCCCCUAGAGAUUCUACCGAUAAGCCGCUUGAUCCUGAUUCUAACACUGAUAAUCCACCCCGAAUUUCUCAUCAUGAAUCCAUUGAAGAUGCGAUUAGUAUUGAAAUUGAUGACGACGUAGACGACGAAGACAACGGCGAUGCCGAUGAAGAUCACCGCCCCUCUGUUUGUUGGGAGAGGGGAAAACAGAGUAUAACAAAAACAGAGGAGGAGAAGGAGAAGGAGAAAGAGAAGAAGGAAUCAGGAAGUUUCAAGAGAUUUUCGAGGUGCCAUUCAACGGGACAUUCGAUAGUGAAAGGAAGAAGAGAAGGGGAAGAUAAACAUAAGUUGAGAUUGCCAGAACAUAUAAAGAUUAAGAUCAUUAGAGGGCAUAAUUGGACAGGAAGUUGUGUGACUUUUGAUGAGUUCUUACGUAAUCCUGGCAACAGUGGUGGGUUUUCAGAGCUUUAUGAAUCUAAUGAUCGACCAAACUUACCGAAGCCGCCGUGAUCUAAUUUAUUUACUUUAUUCUUCUCUUCUUCAGUUUAUCAGUUUGAUUGUGAUGUAUUGAGUUUUCUAAAACAGAGUAGUUAUUUUUUUGUUGUUUAGGUUUGUUCUCAAGGGAUUUUUUUUUCUUUAUAAACAAAAUUUUAAUGCAUAGAAGAUAA